UGUUAUGAAUAUUGAAAAUUGUACAUGUGUUUUUAAAAUUUUGCCUGGUGUUCAACGAUUUAAAAUUGAAAAUUUUCAUCAAAUAGCUCGAAAUGGGAUUAAUACAGAAUAUAAUCCGCAGCGUUUCCAUGCUAUAAUAAUGCGUAUUAGACAUCAAAAUUAUAAAACAACGGCAGCAUUAAUAUUUCAAUCUAGCAAAGUAGUAUUAACUGGAGUUCCAAGUCCUGAGUACGCAACAAAAAUAGCUUGGAGGAUAACGAAAAGUAUAAAAUCAUCAUAUAAAGCGGCAAAAUGCGAGGAAAUUUGGCUCUUAUCGACAACCAAAUAG